GGACACUUGAGAGUUGAGACCCUAGUAUAGCCCACCACAGCCAGGCCAGGCUCCAUCGUUGCUCAUCACCAAAAAACUGGAACAACAAGCACAAACUUCGGUCUUGUAAACCCUCUUUUCGAUGUGGUCAAGUCAUUGCAAAAACAGAAAGGAACAACACUACAAGCGCGGUCUCUUCAACAGCAAGAGUCCAUCUCCCGUCUCUGUUCUUGAACAUCUAUCAGAGUGAUAACAAAUUGACGGUUCUGCACCGACACGAUCCACUACUAACCUUCUCUUCCUUGGCAUCAUUCCUCACCAACACGCGCCUUCACCUUCGCCAAGUUGGACGACCGUCGGGCAUAUUUCUGCACUCGCACUCCUCCUCACGAACCUGGUAGAGUUCACUAAAAAUGGAGCCACUACCCUUACCCACCAGUUUGGCUGAAGUGGAACAGUUGAUAAUAGCUCUCUAUCAGCCAAACCCCCCUGAGACCGUCUCACGCAUCCAGGAGAUUCUCCAGAGGUUGCAAAAGUCCCCCGAGGGUUGGCAACUUGCCCAGAGCUUGAUUGGAAACCCAAAUGACAACAUCAAAUUCUAUGCGGCCUUGACAAUUAUUGUAAAACUCAACAAAGACAGUGCCAACCUCAACGACGAUGAGGCAAAGGAGCUGCUCCAAAACAUCCUUGGCUGGACAAUAGCAUCGUGCGCUCAGGGUGUUGCUCCCUUUGUGAUCAAAAAGUUGUGCGUUGCUCUCGCUACAUUCUUCAUCCACUUUCCUCAGCUAUGGCCCAACUGCCUUCGGCACUUCCUUCACAGUCUCGAUAUCGGACGGGCUACCCCUAUCGAGGCAUUGGACGACGCUCUAGAGACUCCUAUCAUUGCCAACAAUCUUGAAAUUUCGAAACUCAAGGUCGCCGUCUGGUUCGCAACCUCCCUUGUUGAAGAAGUCGGGAAGACGGAUAUGAAUUCGAUCAAGUACAUCCACGUACACGAGCGUCUCGUUCGUAAUGCCUUCGACUUGGCCUCAUUGCUAGCACGCGGAUUCCUCCCAUCAGAUGACGCCUACCAGACUCAGGGGGAGUCGCUUGUCUGUUUUCAGGCCUGGAUUCUCUAUGCUCAGCGACUGUCCUCAAAUACCGAUGUUCUAGUGACGCAUCUACGGGAACUUGUUGGCCCGGCUCUCAACUGCUUCGCCAUCGACGAUUUAUUCCAGCCGGCCGCCGAACUCUUCAGUGACGUACUGAGCAAUUAUUCGGGAUUCUUCACAGAGGCACAUUAUGCGUCAUUGGCCUCUUUGUUCGACAGCGAAUGGGCGGCAGAACACUACAACAGGGUCAUUCACGGCGACCAUCAGCUUGAUGGCAUUUCAUUUGGUCUUCUCAUGCUUGCGUAUGGUGAUGCCAAGGUGUCGGAUCUCAUGUGUAGCACAGACGAGCGGUCCCAGAGGUUUCUGGCCAGGCUGGCCGGUCUUCUCGCUGCUGAUGGCUAUCUGGUGGGCGAGGAUUCGAUAUUUGUCCCUGCCCUGGAGUUCUGGGCCACGUUUGUCGAAACCAUGAUCGACAAUAUUUACUCGGAAGACGAAGCAAAAGUAAACGUCUGGCGCUCGCAUGCUGAACAACACCUCAAGAGCGUCGUGUCCAACUGCUGGAGGAAGGCACAAUGGCCCCCUGCAGAGACUUUCGCCGAAUGGGAUUCCAAUGAGCGUGUCGGCUUUACGGAUGCGAGAAAAGACAUAGCGGAUAUGCUACAAUCUAUAUUCACUCUCGAGAAUCUCACUCUGGUUUCAUUUUUCUCUGGUCUUUUCCUCCAGGCCCUCUCGGUUCAGUCAUGGGCCGAAGUUGAGGCAUCGGCAUUCUGUCUCGGAUCCCUGUCCGACUGUAUCACGGAAGACCCCCAAUAUGACGUGGAGUUAAGCAAGGUCUUUGCUUCACCUUUUUUUGAUCUUCUCGGCCAGGCUCAAGGUCCGGUCCCGCUACGUCUGCGCCAGACAGGUCUUUUGCUCAUUGAGCGGUACUGCGAGUAUUUUGAGCGCCAUUCCGAGUAUCUUCCUCAUGCGCUCAACCUGCUAUUCGCGGCCGUUGGCGACCCUGUUCUUGGUGGGCCUUCUGCGAAAUCCAUCUCGACUCUCUGCUCGUCGUGUCGCUGCAUUCUCACGAGCGAAGCACCGGCCUUCAUCAUGCACUACCAAACAAUUCGUAGCAGACAGGUUCUCGACUCCCUUGCAGAGGAACGUAUCAUCCUUGCCAUUGCUUCUAUCAUCCAGGCCAUUCCGGAUUCCAAUCAGAAGCUGGCUGUCUUUGAGAACCUCUACUCGAUCAUCAAGGCAGAUUGCGAGCGUGCUGUCCAGCUCAAAGAGCAGCCCAGCAUAUUGAACCUGUCUGACCCCAACUUCUUGCGCGGUGUUGAGCAACCAGGCGAUGUUCCUUCUGCCGAUGAAGUCUCUCAGCAACUCGCCGUCCGUGCUCUCCGAUCGCUGCAAAGUAUGGCUAAGGGUAUGCAGGAUGUCAAGGAGCAUGUGGUUGACAUUGACGCCGAUCCAUUCUUCGCCAACCAGGACCCGAAACUCUCUGCUAUCCAGUCCGAUAUCCUCAACGUCUUGGUCGAGAUGCAGAAGAAUUUCAACACCAGCGGAGAGAUCGUUGAGAUAAUAUGCAUGAUCUUUCGAGCAGGGUUUUCAGAGACCGAGCCGGGCCCGUUUGUGUUCCCUCCUGAAGUCGUGACAAAUUUCCUCAGUCAACAAAGAUUCGAAACGCCUAGGCUGGGCACUUUGUUGAGCACAGCAUGCUCGUUUGUCGGAAGUCUGUACAGGGGACCAAAGAAUAUGGUUCCAUCUUUACUGGCUCAGCUACUGCCUUGGAUAAUCAACAUGCUCAGUAGUCUUCCGGAACCAGAAAGCGACACAGAAGUAGCCCAGAACGGCAUUUGCUUCGUGGAUAAGAUUAUGACAAGAUACCCGGAAGUGGUGUUCCAGAUUCAGCCGCCACAGAUGCUCGAGUUCUUUUUCAUGUUCUCGCUCAAGGUCCUAAACGGGAAGGAACCUCUGCCGAAGACAGCGUCGGCGGAAUUUUGGAGUAACUUCAUUACCCUCAAGUCUGAUUCACCCGAUCUUCAGGGAACCAUCAACGCUGCCAUGGAGCACCUCGGGCCGCUUAUAUCACAGACUCUCAUCCAAAAUAUCGGGGGCCACGCUGCAAGAAGCGAGCUAGACAAGCUCAGUGACCCUCUCAAGAAGCUUGUGACGAGCCAAGUGCGUUCAAGGCAGUGGCUCGAACAGGCGCUCUUCGACCCCAGUUUCCCCGGUCAGCAGGUAGGCAACGACGAGAAGUCAACCUUUUUGAGGAAGAUUAUUGGACUGAGAGGGGCGAGGGCCACCAACCAGGUUAUCUUGACAACGGCUCUUGAAAGCAUCAUUCGGACAUGGGUUAUGAAGCGAGCGAGGAAGGGCUCGACAAAGAGCUCAAUGGUGUCUAGACAUGGUCCUAGCGUUACCUCCAUCUAUAACCCUGCCAAGCCCCAGGUGCAUCAAGGGCGGUCAUACUGCCAUACACAACCCUCACUCUUCAACCACAGUUCGUCCUAUCUCCAUCACUACGUCUCAGUGCCCUACGGCCUUAUGUGCUGGCACGGCCUUACUGCUUCUCUCGCUACUAGAGCAUCAAAUCUCCAACAACGACCUUAUUCUUCUAAUCCCUCGUCCGAGACAACCGCAACAACAACCGCAACACCGACCAAAAAGGCACAAAGACAAGUAAUCUUCUCCGGCAUCCAGCCCACAGGCAUACCGCACUUGGGCAACUACCUCGGCGCCCUUCAGCAAUGGAAGCGCAUGCAGGAUAGCGCGGAUCCUGAGACGACGGAUCUCAUUUUCUCCGUGGUUGACCUGCACGCCAUCACCGUGCCGCAGCAGCGCGGCAACCUCAAGAAAUGGAAGAGAGAAAUGCUUGCGGCGCUGCUGGCCAUCGGCUUGGACCCCAAGAGGUGCACCAUCUUUUACCAGAGCAUGGUGCCAGGGCACUCGGAGUUGCAGUGGAUUUUGAGUUGUACCGCUAGCACGGGGUAUCUGUCUAGGAUGACGCAGUGGAAGAGCAAACUACAAUUAGCAGACGACGCCCACGUGCUAGAUGACAAGGCCAAAUCCUCUCUCAAGCACGGCUUGUUCUCUUACCCCAUCCUUCAAGCGGCGGAUAUCCUCGUUCACAGGGCGACCCAUGUUCCCGUCGGCGAAGAUCAGAGGCAGCAUCUGGAAUUUGCUAGGGAAUGCGUGACCAACUUCAACCACGCCUAUAAGGGCAAGGUGUUGGUAGCUCCCGAGACGAUUUUGUCUCCAACAAAACGCGUAAUGUCUCUCCAACUUCCCACCAAAAAAAUGUCCAAAUCCGACCCCGACCCCUCCUCCCGCAUCCUCCUUACCGACACCCCCUCCGAGAUCCACGCCAAGAUCCUCAAAGCGCGGACCGACUCGCUCACGCCUUCCCUGGGCAUCACCUUCGACCCGAUCCAACGCCCCGGCGUCUCCAACCUGCUUCAGCUGCUCAGCCAUUUUGAUACGCAAAACCGUUCCGCGCAGGAGAUCGCGGCCCAGAUUAAUGCUGAAGUUAUGGGCAACCAUGCUGGGCUGGGAGGAGAAGGGGAGGAGAAUCCGUUGAGGAAGUUGAAAGAGAGGGUGAGCGAGGUGGUGCAGAGAGAGCUGAAUCCGAUUAGAGAGAAAUACUUGAAGCUGAUGCAGGAGGAUGGGGGGAAGGAGGGAGGUCAUUUGGAUGAGGUUAUUCGGGAGGGGGCGAGGAGGGCUAAUGAGAGUGCGGAGAGGACGAUGAGUAGGGUCAGGAGGGCUGUGGAGUUGGGUGCUUGAGGACAUGCAGAGUGGGAGGUUUUUGUAAGAUAGAUACUGGGUGAUCUGGUUCGGACACAUUUUCGGUAGAUAAAAGCUAUAUGGGAUG